AUGACACUUUCCAAACACGUCGAUGCAGAGGCAUUGGAGUCCGAGAUCUUGAAGAAGAACCACAAGACGGAAUUGAACUCCCACGAGGAGUAUAUCUUCAAGUACUCGUCCAACUCCACCGUGCCCAAGUACGAGAUUCCCGAUGAGUCGUCCUCGGGAGACUUGGUCUACCAGUACUUGAGCGAGGAAUUGUCGUUGGACGGGGUCCCCACACUCAAUUUGGCCUCCUUCGUCAACACCACGGUGGACGAGACUCAAUUGAAGUUGAUAUCCGACAACAUCGUCAAGAACUUAGCUGACAACGACGAGUACCCCUCAUUGAUCGAGUUUCAACAGCGUUGUAUUACCAUAUUGGGCAACUUGUGGCACGCUCCCAAGUAUGAGAACGAGAAUGGCAAAUUAGUAACCAGAUCUGUUGGUACUGCCACCACCGGGCUGUCUGAAGCCAUCAUGUUGGCUGGUUUGGCAUUGAAGAAGAGAUGGCAAGAGAAGCGCAAGGCCGAAGGGAAGUCGACCGAUAACCCCAACAUCAUCAUGGCCACCUGUGCUCAGGUGGCAUUGGAGAAGUUUGCUAGAUACUUUGAUAUCGAAAACCGUUUGGUGCACAUUAACCAAAACUCGGGUCACUUGAUCGACGUCUCUCAGAUUGAGUCCAAGGUGGAUGAAAAUACCAUUGGUAUCUUUGUAAUCCUCGGAUCAACCUUUACUGGUGCCUUUGAGCCAGUUGCCGAGAUCUCCAACCUUCUAGACAAGGUUCAAAGUAAGACGGGCAACGAUGUUAGAAUCCAUGUCGAUGGGGCCUCCGGAGGGUUCGUCGCCCCAUUUGUGUUCCCAGGGUUAAAGUGGGAUUUCCUUGUCCCAAGAGUUGACUCCAUUAACACUUCUGGUCACAAAUUUGGCUUGACAAGUGCUGGGUUAGGAUGGGUCAUUUGGAAACACGAGGACUUAUUACCUAAGACUUUGAAAUUCUCGCUUGACUACUUAGGAGGUGUGGAAGAGACUUUUGGCUUGAAUUUCUCUAGACCAGGAUUCCCAGUCAUCCAUCAAUACUACAACUUUUUGACUCUUGGAAGAGAGGGUUACACUAAGAUCUUUGACAGUUGCUUAUCCAAUGCGAGACUUUUAUCUAACUUCCUUGAGGAAUCUAAAUAUUUCGAUGUGCUUUCGGUUAUCCAUAAGCCUGUUGACUCGGCCACCGAGAAAAAGCUCUACCCUUUGGACCAUGGUCUUAAGCACGAUAAGGCCGUUGCCAGUCAAAAGUUCCAGCCGGGAUUACCAGUGGUUGCCUUCCGGUUCUCUAAGGAACUCAGAAAAGAGUACCCAGAGAUUCCCCAGAGUAUUUUCGGCUUGUUAUUGAGAAACAAGGGGUAUAUCAUUCCCAACUAUCACUUACCUCCAGACGAAGGUGAUGUUGAAAUUUUGAGAGUAGUUGUGCGUGACAGCGUUUCAUUGAACUUGUUGGACAAGUUGAUGCAAGAGAUUGUUCGGUCGAUCGAAUUGUUGAUCAGGUCUUGUGCAGUGGUUAGAGAUGUUGUGAAAGAAGAUCGUUCCGAAAAGGAGAGGUCCAGCAACAUCUAUAAAUUGUUGCUCUCCAUUGCUUCGAGUGGUACCGAGGAUAUCAAGCAGAUCCAGCAUGAAGUGUUGGAUGUACCAGGUACCGGCCACGGCAAACACAAGAGAUCAUACAGAGGACCAUGUUGA